CAGCCCACGGGCGGGUUAGCACACACCCGCCAGGAGGGAGGAGAGGAAGAGGAGGAACGUGCAGACCUCCCAGGGCAGGGAGCUGAAGCCACAGGACCAGUUCCCAGCAGGGAUUCCCUCGCCUGCGCUGGGCAGCGGUGGCACUGGCUCCCCACUUCAGUGGCCGCCCCUUGUAAUUUGACACUUGAAUCUCCCAGACGACCAACAACAAAAAAGCCCAGGCCGUAACAGCAGCUGGCUGUCAGCAGCCAGGAGCUCCGCUGAGCUGGGCAGAGGCACCCAGGGAGCGGCCGGCCGUGGGUCAGGAAAGAGGCGUCAGCAAAGGAAGGAAGCAGUGUGAGUGGUGGAGAGGCGCGGAGGAGAAGCGCUCAGAGGCUGCCGGGCUCCGAACACCUGAGCUCCCAGGCAGCUGCAGUUGGAGUAUCAGCUUUGCAAGGAGGAAACAGGGACGCUUCAGAGUGGCAGCUGUCCGGCCUGCGGAUGCCUGCCUGCUCUGUCUCAAGGUUCUCUGUGCCAGGAGAUGCCACACAAAGGCAUGUUUUCUAGUCCCUCCAGCUCUGCCAGCCUUCCCCUCGGCCCGGCUCAUGUUCCCCCUCCGCUGGCUGCCACUCCAGGGGAGGAGCACCCUCCGAAGUCUCCGGGAAGGGCCAUGCAGGCAGCCAGGCCAGGGGAAGCCACCAGUUGCUCUGGCUGCUUCUAACCCAGGCACUACCGAGCAUGGGGUUGAGAGGACUCUGGUUUCCCUGGUUCGCAGGUAGGAAGUACAGUUUGAGAGGAAUGUGGUGGACCUGAGAUAGACUGGAAACAUAUAGAGAAUUAUCAGUAGCCCCACUAGGCUUCCCUGCCCUCCUCCCUCCAAACCUGGGAAGGUAAAGGGGACAAGAGGCAGCUGGCCCCAGAGCACCCAUGCUCCCCAGGCCACAGCUGGGAACACUUAGGGCUCCCUACAGUGCAACAGCUGGGGCACAGGCCACACGGUCACCUGACGACUGCCGGUUAUAUCGGGCACCAGGCAUCAAGCACCCCUUGGCCUCGCUUUAAAUAGCCCGCUGGGAAGCCCUCCUGGGACCUGCUGGAAUGUGCCUCCGCCCUCCCCUCCAGCCCCACCACAGUCCCCACAAAGGCUCUCCUCAAGGCCAAGCUGGCGAUAACAAAACAGCAACGGAAAAGCAAAGGGGGCUUCAAUCUUUGAGGGCGAACAGCCGUGCCCAGUAGCCCCACUCCUGUUCCUGGUGCAGAGAGGAUCCAGUGAGCAGCCCUGGGUCAGUCCCCAGGGCUGGGCACAGCUGGCCAAUUCAGGUCCCCAGAGGCCCACGGCGUCCAUGCUCAUGGACCGACACACUUCCCAGAGUGAGGCCCGGGUCCCCCAGGCAUGAGUCUGCAGCUUUCUGAUUUCAUAACCCCUGGAGAACGGCUGACUUCAGAGGCGAAGCUUCUGAUCAACAAGCCCCACCUCCCCUGAACAGCGGUUCAGCCUCGGCCCCACCUUCCUCCUCCCUGCUCCAGAAAUCACGCCCCUCGGACUGACCCGCAUCCACGCCACCUCUCACUCACAAGUGGAGGCGCCCCCUCUGCAACCCCUCCUGGGCCUUUGGGAGUGAUGGACAUAGGUGUAAAAGCCCUCUGCCCACCCGCCCUCCACUGCUUCCUCUUUCAAGGAGUGUCUCUGAUGGCUACAUUAGGCAACACAGGCACCGGGCCAAGCAAGUUGAAAAACCAAACCAAGUGUAGCCGAAGAGGGGAGGGCAAAAGCAGCCCAGGGCUUGAGUCAGCCCACUGGCCCCAACUCCAUGAAUGAGAGCAGCAGGCGGGCUCUGGUCCUCCUGGAAACCCAGGAAGUGGGAUGCCCGGAGGCCCCAGAACAAGGAGGGGUCCACUCCCCUGUAUGAGCCUGCUCUCCUGGUCGGCGGAGAGCUCAGGAGGAACCCCGGCGGGAGCCUGGCGCAGCAUGGCCGCUGCCAACUUCGUGCAGGAGAUGCAUGCCAUCGGAGAGAGGCUGCUGCUCAGGCUGCAGAGGCUGCCCCAGGCCGAGCCCGUGGAGAUUGUGGCCUUCUCGGUCAUUGUCAUUUUCACAGCCACCGUUGUGCUCUUGCUGCUGAUAGCCGGCAGCUACUGCUGUGCUCAGUGCUGCUGCCCUGCGCGGAGAGGCAGGAAGGUCCAGGUGGGCCCCAUGACCCCACGGUGAGGGACCGGGCGACAACCGAGGAGACCACCAAAGCCAUGACCCAGGGUGUCAGCCUGGCCCUACAGCCCUCACCCCUCAAGACAAAGAUCUAAGGCCCCAGCUCUGGCCUGGCCCAGGAACCCAGACACUGACUGAUACCUGGAGCCUCAUCAAGGAAAACAGGACCGUUCCGGCCACAAAACCCUCAUCUGCCAGUGAACACUGGGUGCUGAGGAGGAGUCAACUAUUUCAGAGACUGAGGAAACCACUGAGGAUUCUUUGCCUUCCUGUACUUUCUAACAAAACACAGCAGCAGGGUCCCCAUUCCUGGGUGGAGAACAGCCCGCACGUGUGGGGAGCUGGCCUUGGGGCUCCAACGCCAAAGAGGAGCAGGCCCACCAGAAGGACUUCGUGCAAGAGCUCCUGGAUCCCCAGCUCCCCCGACAGUGGGGACAUGUCUGUGUUCUGUUCCAGGAUUUGCCCAUUUCUUUCCCAGUAAAAGCUUUUUGGUUAUGUGUU